UGCCAAGGUGCAAAACCUAUUCGGAUUGAGAAAAGAUCUCAUAUAUGAUCAGGAAGAGUGAAGCAAACACUCUCAGAAAAGAUUUGUUCGUCUGCUCGAUGUGCAUGAUCACUCAUUUCUCUGACCAGGCUCCAGAGCCCAUCCCCGAGAUUGACCCAAUCAUUGAGUGUCUCAACUGCGCACAGCACAAUCUCAAAAAGAUUGACUUCUUCAGAAAUGAGCACAAGCUUGAUGAUAUAUGGGACAGAGUACUGCCCCAGCAUGAAGAAUUCAAAGCAAGCUACAAAACUCUCCAAGAAGAACUCCAUACAAUUAAGACCAAUGGACAAUGGAACAAGCUUGUUGACUUCCAGGUAGAGGCCAAGACUUUCUUGAACUCGAUCUUCGAAUCUGAACUAAUGAAGCAGUUCAACAGACAGCUUCACUGCAGAGAGUUCAAAGAGUCCAAAUCUGCAGAUUCUAUGACUAGUUACAUGUCCAAGGCAGCUGUCAGAGCCAAAGUACAAGAAAUUCAGCAAACAAUCACUGCUGAGCAAGUGAACCCUCUGAAGGAAGUUCUCAGAAGAGCAACUGAGAGAGAUAGAGAGAAGAACACUCAGCUGGAAAGACUGGAGCAAGACAAGGAAGAGCUCGAUCAGACAAUUCAGACUUUGACUCAAGAGAAGGAUAACUCCGAACAAGUUUCGGCACAAAGACAACUGGAAAUCGACAGCCUCACCCAACAAAUCCAGGCCCUUGAAGAAGAACAGGAGCAACACAACAGACAGGCCGAAGAAAUGAAGCAGGAGAUUCUCGCUCUCGAAGACACUUUGCAGCAAUCCAAGAACACUCUCGACCAUGCUGGGUUAAAGGCAAUUCACAAUGCCAUGAUGAAGGCUUCAACUUCAUUCAAUGAGGACUCAGAAUUUACAAUUAAUGUGAAUAAUACUGUUGAUCAAGAGUUGCUGAAGGCUCUGCAGUUAUUCAGACUGCCUCCUCUGAAGCAGUUUACUCUUUGGAAUAUUCAUGCCUUCAACAAGCCUGAGGUGAUAACGAAGUUCCUGGGGAACGCCCUGAGCGAGAAUGUGAAAUACUUCCGUAUCGACACUAACACUGGUUCCUGCCUUGACCUAAGUCCUUACAUGGACACUCUGACCAAGACCCUCCCUCUCAUCCCCUCCAGAGUUGAACUUGUCUUCUGGACAAUCACCAGCUCCCAGUUCCAAGACAUCCUCGUGGCUGCGCAGAACACAGACUAUGUCAGGUUUUGUUACUGUAAGAUAGAUGCAGGGGAGGAAGUGGAUUUUGGAGGCAGACUUGACCAAGCUGCUUUUACCACCAUUGAUUUUGAGAGUACUGGAGGGAGUAGUAAGAGCAAUUGGAGCCAAAAUGGAUUUGAAACGUUUAAGAAUAUUGUGAAGGGGUUGGCCAAAGUGGAGAGUGUUAAGAAUAGACAAGUUAGUAUCAAUUUGAAGAAUUGUGGAAUGUCGAAAGAUCAAGCUGAGUCAAUAUUACAGGAGAAUGGAAUGAUUAAUAUGGUCGUUAAAGGGCUUUAAUUGGAAAAGAGAUGAAUAAUGGAGAUUUCAACAG